AUGGGAAAAUCACACACUAGCCUUGCGUCACGCAAGUCUUCAUUUUUCAAUGUUAAUCAACCACCGCCACAUCCUGAUAUCUAUUAUGUUGGUGUGGAUGUUGGAACCGGAUCGGCAAGGGCUUGUGUAAUCGAUACCAAUGGUGUUAUUUUGGGAUUGAGUGAAAGACCCAUUACAAGACACGAAUUGAAGCCCAAUUACAUUACUCAGUCUUCAACGGAAAUUUGGAAUGCUAUAUGUUUCUGUGUCAAGACCUCAGUAAGGGAUUCGGGAAUUGAUCCAUCAGCUGUGUUUGGUAUUGGUUUUGAUGCGACCUGCUCACUAGUUGCUAUUUCUGAAAAGACUGAUCAACCAGUCGGAGUUGGUCCUGAUUUCUCUGAUGACAAAGAGAACAUUAUUUUAUGGAUGGACCACAGAGCAGAAGAUGAGACUCAGGCUAUCAAUGCCACUAAUGAUAAGUGCUUGAAAUAUGUAGGAGGACAAAUGUCAAUCGAGAUGGAAUUGCCAAAGAUAAAGUGGUUGAAGCAUAACUUACCUGGUGGUAUUAACAAUUGUAAGUUUUACGACCUUGCAGAUUAUUUAACACACAAGGCGACGGGAUCUGAGUCAAGAAGUUUCUGUUCAGUAGUGUGCAAACAAGGGUUCGUUCCAUUAGGCGUUGAUCAUUCUGAGCAUGGGUGGUCAAAGGAGUUUUUGGAGUCCGUUGACUUACCUGAAUUGGUUGAAGAUAACUUUAGACGCUUAGGUGGUAUUCCAGGAAUCAAUGGAAAUUACCUCAGUGCCGGUGACAUUGUUGGCAAGUUGAGUUCCGAAGCGGCAGAAUCAUUGGGUCUAACUUCCGAAUGUAUUGUGGGCAGUGGUGUUAUCGAUGCUUACGCUGGCUGGGUUGGAACUGUUGCUGCCAAAGCUGAAAUACCAGAGUUGCAAGAAAAAGCCGACUCUGCAUUUGAUACUGCUUGUGGAAGACUCGCUGCUGUUGCAGGGACGUCUACCUGUCACCUUGCGAUGACAAAAGACCCUUGUUUUGUAAAAGGUGUCUGGGGACCUUAUAAAGAUGUUAUGGCUCCUGGAUAUUGGUUAGCAGAAGGUGGUCAAUCUGCCACAGGUGCUCUUUUGGCUCACGUUUUAUCUACACAUCCCGCUUCCGCCCAGCUCUCACAUUUGGCUGAGACAUCGAACUUAUCAAAAUUCGAUUACUUGAACUUAACCUUGGAGAAUUUAGUUAACGAGACUAACCUGCGCUCAGUUGUAAGCUUAGCAAAGCAUAUGUUCUUCUAUGGAGAUUUUCAUGGAAAUAGAUCACCUAUAGCAGAUCCAAGAAUGAGGGCAAACAUAAUUGGUCAGUCUAUGGAUACUUCAGUCAAUGAUUUGGCUAUUUUGUAUUUUGGUGCCUGUGAAUUUAUUGCUCAACAAACAAGGCAAAUUAUCGAGGAGAUGGAAAAGGGAGGCCAUCGCAUCAGCUGUGUAUUCAUGAGUGGUGGCCAGUGUAGGAAUGGGUUAUUGAUGAGGCUUCUAGCAGACUGUACGGGACUCCCUAUCAUUAUUCCUCGGUACAUUGACGCUGCAGUGGUUUUUGGUUCCGCACUUUUGGGAGCAGUUGCUUCUGAGGAAGCUGUUGCUGAGUAUUUGAGAAAUAGAAGUAAAUCAAGAAGGUCAUCUAUACUUUCAAAUCAGAAAUCUCAAACGAGUUUGCAUAACUCUAAUGAACCAUCAUCGCCUUAUACAGCACCUACUGCAACUGUUUCCACUACUAAUGUUCAAUCCUUAGGUUAUGCUAGUACGCAUUAUGGAAGUCAACAUCGUAUUCAAAGUAUGACACCGAUGAAUGAAGAAGCGGAUUAUUUCAAUCAAACAGCUCAAGAACAAACGAACCCUCAAAAGAGUAAGAUUACGUCUGAUGACGAUGAUUCUGAAGAAGAGCAAACCUUAUCAUUCGGUUCUAAACAGAAUGUCCAGGAAGGAUUAUCGAAGAAGUUGAAUAAGAUGGGAUUGAAGCCAUUGUCUUCGGUCAAAAAGAGUUCGGAUUUGCAGCCAGGGGAGAAAUUAUGGAGAACAAUGCAAAAGAUGACAGGCCCUGGAAGGGUGGUGUUCCCUUGCAAGGAAAAUGACCCUGAUAGAAGACUUUUGAAUGCAAAAUAUAAGGUGUUUUUGGAGCAAUGCUUCAAACAACAAGAUUAUAGGGAGGCUAUUGACCUAGUUGAGGAUGAGAAUUUGAAAGGAUUGAGGAUCGACUGA